AUGGCAGUGGUUGGACGGCUUGUGACUGGCUCAGCUGUUGGUCUCCUGUCGACAUCGGUGCCAGUGUACGUGGCAGAGCUCAGCCCAAAGGCGCUUCGUGGCAGGCUCGUCACUGCAAAUCAGCUGUUCAUCUGCAUUGGCGUGCUGCUGGGCUUUGUUGUCGACGACAUCUUCAAGUGCCCCGGAAACGGCGACUAUUGCCAACGCGCACGCACAUCCGCCUGGCGCUGGAUGCUUGCCAGCGCCACCCCUGUCGCUGCCGUCCUGAUUGUGGCGUUUGCCUUUGCGCUGCCGGAGUCACCGCGGUUUCUUGUGCGCCGAAAGCGACUGACGGCUGCACGCCGCGUCCUAGCUUGUGUCAGGUCCUCCCCAGCGCACAUCCAGCAGGAGCUGGAUGAGAUAACAGCCGCGUGCAAUCAGCCAACAGCGACAUGGCGGUCCCUGCUUCGCCCAAACGUCCUGUAUGGUGUGUACAUUGCAACCAUGCUCAGCGCAAUCCAACAAUUUACAGGCGUGAACGCGGUCAACUUCUACGCGCAAACCAUCAUCAUCUCUGCUGGGUUUGACCAGGACCACGCCUUCUCCUUCUCCAUCUACAUUGGCGUCAUCAAGGUUGUGUUUGUUGGCGUUGGGAUGCUCCUCAUCGACAGCGCGGGCCGCCGCAUCCUCAUGAUUGUCGGCAUUGCCGGCAUGACCCUCUCAACCGCCCUCCUAGCUGCCGUCUUCCAGAUGAAGGAGGAGCACGGCAGCGUCAGCAAUGGUCUUGGUUGGCUCGCCCUCAUUGCAUUGUUUUUCUACAUGGGCUUCUUCGAAAUUAGCCUCGGUGCUGUGCUCUGA